AUGCCUCCAGAGUCCUUUGCAUACCAUGAAUAUAAGCCAACUAAAGAGUUUGAUGUAUACAGCUUUGCCAUUUUAAUAUGGAUGAUAUUGUCAGGCCAGGAACCAUAUUAUGGCAUAAAUAGAGACAUCAUUUUUUAUCGUGUACCACAUGGUAUCCGACCUGACAUGAAACUUGUGGACAAGUGGAAGACUAAGAAGAUGGUUCCUGAAGCUAUAGAGAUGAUGACGCAAUGUUGGGAUGGUGAACCCAGUAAACGGCUUUGCUUUGCAGAAUGUAUGGAGCUGCUGGAGAAGAUGGAGAAAACAUAUGAAGGGGAAAUCAAAGAUGCUGUUUUGGAUGUUUUGAUUAAACUCCGAGACUUUUCUUCUUCCUCUCAGAAUGAUCAGAUUGCAGAUACACCUGAUGGUGUUAACGUCUCUCAAAGUGGUGAUUCAGAACUUAAUACUACCAUGAGAGAAAAUUUCAUAAGGAAAAUCAUUCUGAAAAAUUCACCAGAAGAAGAUAACGACGCUAAUACUUCCAGUGAAGAAAUUAUCAUUGAGGAUGCUAAAGGGUUUUUAAAAAGGAAUUUUUCUAAAAUCAUUCAAGAAAAACCAGCUUGGAAAUCUAUUUUGGAUGACCUCUUUACACAAGACAUUUUUACAGAAGAGCUAAUGAACUCCGUAAAAAGCCAUAGCACAAUACAGGACCAAAUCAGAGAGACACUAAUGUCUAUAAUUCCACAAGGACAGAAUAGCUGUAGGACGCUAGUGCAGAUCAUGAACCGUCACCAUCCUUCAUUGAUGAGAAAAUUGGGGAUCUAG